AUGGAGCUCCUAGAGUGCCCCGCCUGCAAUCGGACUUUUAACGCUCCGAUCACGCUCAAGUGCGGGCACACAUUCUGCAAGGGGUGCCUUAGCUCCAAGCGACAAAAGGCAUGUAAAAUCUGCCGCCUGCGCUACAGAAUAACACCCAACAUAAACAUAUGCCUGCAUCACAUAGUAGAGCUGGCUGGACAAUUAGGGAAGAAAUACGCCUUUAACGCCGAUUACAUGACCUUUGAGCCACUGAAUGUCUUGCCUGUAGAUACGGCUUCAAACAAAGAUAUUGUAGACGUAUACGAAGAGCGUGCUAACUCAGCUACUGGUGAGAAGGACGUCCAGUCGCCAUUAACUUUCGAUGCACUAUUGUCAGACGCAUUCAACAAGGACACACAAGAAGCGGAGGUGCGACCUAGACCGUCCAUCGCUAAUGAAAUAAUCAAAAGCUACCACAGAACAAGCAGAAUCUCCAGGAACGCAGACGACAGCGUCGAGGAGGACUCAUCGGCAAGCCCUCCGUCCCAAAAUCAGCCUGCACCGACAUCUCAGCUAACCCAGCAGAUCAAGAAGCAGGAUCAGAAGCCUGGUACUCACCAUAAAGACCAGGGGCAGCAUGUGGUAACGGUUCCAUUAAGGUCUGCGCGAAAGCAGGAAUCACUGGCCGAGUGGCCCCGUCGAGAUAAGCAAAGGGGAGAAAGGAGUCGCAAUAGUGUCAGAUGGGCGCCCGAUGUCGUCGAUAACUCCCCCAAGCUCGCACACAGGAUCCCCAAGGACGUUGGAAUUGGAGCCAACGUUUGGCGUCUCUCACCAUCCCCACCAGACGUUGACUCGUCAUCUCCGGAGACCCCGCAGGCCAGCGAGCUCCACCCUGGAGACACAGUGAGGGUCCGGGCAGAAUGCUCCGAGUUUGGAAGAGAGUGGUCUGGUCAGACCGGAGUGGUGCGUGCGAUAAACGGCGGAACCGUCACCAUUAGCCUCAACACGGCGAUCUGGACCUGCCGCACCGCAGACAUCGAACGCGUAGAGGAAUCCGCAGAGGCUCGGGGACCCAUAAGCCGGUUCCGAGGGGUGUUCGACGGCGAUGCGAUGCGAGGCCGGACUAUGGCCCGUGCAUUCGCAGGGUCUACGUAA